CCGUUCGAGGGAAAAAAGCCCUCCCAUUUUUUCAGGAGAGAGAGAGAGAGAGAGAGACAAAAGAGAGAAUUUCUGUGGAAAUCUCUUCGAUUUUCAAUUGUAUCAGAGCUGAAAUUCUUCUAUUCUUCGCUGAGCUUGCAAUGGUGGAGAACGUGCUCAGGUGACGCUAUUUGCUUUUGAAGCCUCAGGCUAAAAAUGGGCGAGCCAGAGGUGGGGUCCGAAGCUGCCGUGGCAGCAUUGGAUAAUGGGACUGGACCGCCUGAGGAUGUAGGGAAAACUGUUGUUGAAAUGAAAAAGGAAGAGAAAAUUGGAGUUGAAGAAGUAAAAAAAGAAGGAAACGUGGAAAAAGAAGAAGCUGAAGAAGUAAAGCCAGGCAAAGAGGAUGAGAAAAAUGGAGUUGAAGAUGUAAAGAAAGAAGGGAAUGAGGAGGAGAAAAGUGGAGUCGAAGAUGUAAAGAAGGAAGGAACUGAGGAGGAGAAAAAUGGAGUUGAAGAUGUAAAUAAAGGAGGAAAUGAGGAGGAGAAAAGUGGAGUGGAGGAAGUAAAGAAAGAGGGAAAUGAGGUAGAGAAAAAUGAAGUCGAAGAAGUAAAGGUGGGAGGAAAAGAGGAGGCUAAAAGUGGAAUUGACGAGCUAAAUAAAGAUGGAAAUGAGGAGGAGAAAAAUAGAGUCGGUGUGUUAAGCAAAGUAGGAUCUGAGGAGGAGAAGAGUGAAGUUGAAGAAAUAAAGGGAGAUGGAAAUGUGGAGGAGAAAAAUGGAGUUGAAGAAGUACAAAAAGAACGAAAUGAGGAGAAAAGUGUAGUAGAAGAAGCAAAUAAAGAACAUGAGGAGAAAGUUGCAGAUAUGAAAAUGGAGGAAGAAAGUGAUAUCAAGGAAGAGAAGGGAAGUAAAAAUGAAGAAGAAGUAGAAGUGAGGGAUGUGGAAAUGGAUGAAGCAGGGGAUUUGAAGGAAGAUAAUGAUUGUGAGAAGGCUGGUGAGAAAAAUGAAGAGAUUAAGGAGGAAAAGGGCUCAAAGAAACGUCGGAGGGGGGCAAAAGCUGUGGGAAAAGGGGAGGUAAAGAAAAAAGAGAAACAGGAGAAAGUGACAGUGAAGAAAGAGGAGGCGGAUAGGAAGAAAGGGGAAACGAAGCAAGAGGUGGAUGAGGAGAGAGGGAAAGCAGAGGAAGAGGUGGAAGAGGAGCAAGGGAAAGUGAAGAAAAAAGAGCUGGAUAAGGAGAACAAGAAAAAGACAGCUAAUGAGGAGAAAAGCAAGGUGAAGAAAAAGGAUGUGGAUGAGGAAAAGGCUAAGGACUUGAGUUCUCCUGUGGCUUCUUCUGUUGAUCGCCCUGUGCGUGAGAGAAAGUCGGUUGAGAGGUUGGUGGUUGCCCUUGAGAAAGAAUCGGCUAAGGAGAAGGAGUUCCUCAUUGAAAAGGGCCAAGGUACUGCAUUAAAAGAUAUACCCAAUGUGGCAUACAAACUAUCAAAAAGGAAAAUUGAUGAUAAUCUGAAGAUGCUUCAUGUGAUCCUUUUUGGAAGGAGGGGAAAGGCACUUCAUGUCAAGAGUAAUAUCUCCCAAUUUUCUGGCUUUGUGUGGCAUGAUAAUGAGGAAAAGCAACGAGGUAAGAUCAAAGAGAAGCUCGACAAAUGUGUCAAAGAUAAAUUGUUGGAUUUCUGUGAUGUGCUUGACAUGCCUGUUCCAAACUCAAUGAAGAAGGAAGACGUUGUGAUGAAGUUAAUAGACUUUCUGGUUGCCCCUCAUCCUACAACUGAUGUCUUACUUGCAGAAAAGGAGCAGUCGGGCAAAACAAAAAAACGGAGGGUCAGAGGUGCAUCGAGGUCUGGAAGCACCUCAGGAAAGCGCUCAUCACGGAAACGAAGAAAGAUUGAGGGAACGCCGAAAUCAAAGGAGGGGAAUAGGGCACUGGAGAUGGAGGAUGAAGACGAAGAGGAGGAAGAGGAAGAGGAAGAGGAAAAUGGCCUUCCCGAUGCAGAUGAGGAUGAUGCGUCUGAGCAUUCCGAAAGUGAGAAGAAAGAAGAAGAGUCUGAAGAAGAGGAGCAUGAAGUAUCAGGAAAAAGUAAACAUGCCUUGAAGAAGUCUUUGAGGGGAGGCUCUGCUGGUAAAGAUAAAACCAAGAAAAUGAAUGCUCGAAAUGCGAAAAAAGUGGAUGAGUCGGAAGAAGAGGAAGAGGAAGAGGAUGACGAAGAGUACACGGGAAAAGGCAAACGCAGGUCGAAGGAGUCAUCAAAGAGAGGGUCUGCUGGGAAAGCUAACACCAAGAAAGCAACAACACCAAACAAAGCCACUCCUGCAAUGCUGACCAAAAGCUCUGCCAGGACAUCUUCCAAGAGGUCCAAGGUUGAUGAUGGGUGUGAUACAAGCCCAAGGGUCUUUUCCAGGAAGAAGAAGACUGAAGAGAUGCCCACAAAGCAAUCAACAACUCCAAAAUCUGCUCCCAAGGCAAAAACUGGUCAAAAGACGGCAAGAGGGAAGGAUAAAUCCAAAGCAAAGGGAUCCAGUCCGAGUGAUGAGGAAUUGAGGAAGGCGAUCUGUGAAAUUCUCAAAGAAGUCGAUUUCAAUGUGGCCACCUUCACCGACAUUCUCAAGAAACUUGCUCGGCAUUUUGAUACCGACUUUACACCGAGAAAAUCAGCCAUCAAGCAAAUGAUCCAAAAUGAGCUGACCAAGCUAGCUGCCGCGGCCGAAGAAGAUGAAGACGAUGAAGAUGACGAAGGUGAUGCCGAGAAGGAAGACAGUAAGGAAGCUGCUGCCCAAGAAGUGUAGGCUUGAUGGACGGAACCACACAGAAAAGUGGUACUUUUGUUUUGAUUCUAAAAUACUCCUACCUGUGAUACCGCCACUAAGCGAAUGUGGGACCCCAGAAGUAAUAUUCACCGCAGAGUGGGCUUAUUGCCAGCAACCCAACAUGGGUUUUCUGGCACCAACAGGCAGUGGUUGCUCGUGGUGUGGAUAGCGAUGUGUUAUGUAUGAGUAACAUAUGUAGGAAUUUUUCGUCUAUCAAUUUAUCUGACCCAUAGAUGUUGGCUAGCA